UUCGCGGGCGGCGGAGGCGGCGGACCGCACGCCGGACGCCGCACACGAGUCGCUUCCCCACAAAGAUGCCCCGCACCAUUGUUUGCACGUCAGGGAGCAGGAGAUAUAAUGGCACGCGUUCCCCGGAAAUCCCCUGGAUGGCUCGUAGAUCAGACCUCUGCUGUUGAUCUUGCUCUGUUCUCGCGUUGUCAGAAUGAUCGAUAUCGGUGACGUUUCCCGCUUCGAGGGCAAGGUCCUCAAUGACUACAUCCCGCAGCUCGACCGGAUGUGGUGGCACUAUCCCUACCUUCUCCGGUUAAACGUUGGGCUCAUGUGCGCCAUGCUUACGCAGAUCACCUCUGGCUUCGACGGAUCGAUGCUGAACGGUCUGCAGUCGCUGUCGACAUGGACAGAGUACUUCGGCAGUCCCAAGGGCGGCAGGCUUGGUUCAAUGACCAACGGUGUUACUUAUGGCGUCUUGAUCAUGACUCCCUUCGUCUCGACCAUCUGCGACAGAUGGGGCAGACGUCUGCCGAUUACUAUUGGAUCGGGAAUCAUCGUCAUCGGCGCCGUGCUGCAGGGAGCGGCGCAGGCCUAUCCCAUGUUUGUCGUCGCCCGCUUCUUGCUCGGCAUCGGCAUCUGUCUCUCUGGCGCCGCUUCUCCUCUGCUCUUGAUUGAAUGUGCAUACCCUCCGCAGCGAGGUCGAAUGACUUCUUUCAUUGAGCCCGCGUGGCCUAUCGGCUCCUUCUUUGCCGCCGCCAUCACAUACGGAACAUACCACAUGGGUCAGACCGCUUGGGCCUGGCGUAUCCCCUCGCUUUUGCAGUGUGUGUUUCCCAUCUUCCAAUGCUCGAUCUCGUUCCUUGCUCCUGAGUCUCCGCGUUGGUUGAUUAUGAAGGAUCGGCACGAGGAGGCGUACGAGUUCUUCAUCAAGUACCAUGCUGGCGGCGACCGCGACUCUGAGCUCGUCAAGUUUCAGAUGGCUGAGGUCACCGCGACCUUGGAGGCCGAGAAGAUCAGCAAGGAGUCGCGAUGGCCUACGUUCUGGUCUACAAAGGGCAUGCGCCGUCGGUUUUUUAUUGCGCUCUUUGUGCCGGCUAUGAUGCAGCUCUCGGGAAAUGCCAUCAUGUCAUACUACCUCUCGCGUGUUUUGAACAACAUCGGCGUCACUGAUGCGAAGGAGCAGUUGACUGUGAACCUCUGCGGAACAGCUUGGGGUAUCGUCACCGCCUACACUUUUGCAUCUCAAGUUGAGCGGAUCGGCAGACGACGAGGCUUUCUGUUUGGUUUGCUGGCGAUGCAGGUUUCGUACAUCAUCUGGACAAUCAUGUCGGCCGUCAACCAGGAAGAAGGCUUCAAGAGUCGCUCGCUCGCCAUUGGUAUUAUUGCUGUCAUGUACAUCUACCAGGGAUUCUACCAUUUGACUGCACCGUUUGCGCCUACCUACAUCUCUGAGGUUGUUCCUUACUCUCUUCGUGCAAAGGGCUCUAUGCUUUACCAGCUCAGCGGCAACGUCGUCGGCAUUUUCAACAACUACGUCAACCCGAUCGCGAUGGACGCAAUCACAUGGAAGUACUACAUUGUGUACUGUGUCUGGAUCGGCGUCGAGGCUUUGCUCGUAUAUCUGUUCUUCCCCGAGACGGGCGGAAAGUCGCUCGAAGAGAUCGCGGAGGUGUUUGACGGCGACGCGGCGCAUGUCGGUGUUCAUUCUGCUGUGCUCGAGAAGGAUAUCGAUAUCGAGAAGAUGGCUGAUGUGGAGCACAUUGAUACUGUCAAUGUCGAGGAUGAGAAGUCGCAGAAACCUUAGUCUUGUAUUUUUGUACUUUUGAUAAUGAUCAGUCUGCUGUGUUUUUGUUUUGAUGAAUGAUUAAUUUGUGUGUUUCUGCCUGUAUCUGGUCUCGAA